AUGGCAAUAAAUUCACACAAUUCGUUGUUGUAAGUUCACUGUUGAUUUGUCCUUUUUUGGCCUUUUUUGUCACGUCUUGAUUGCUGCGCAAUAUAUAUAAGGUUAUAGAUUUUUUGCGCACGCACAUUUGCAAUUUUCACUUAUUGAGACGCCUCUCCGUAUUAGUAAUGGCGGCAGACUCACCCCCAAUCCAUUUUCAGCAGAUAUCCGCCAGUUUUGAUCAUUCCACGGGAGACUCUCCAGAUUCGAAGCCAGAGCGGACCCCUCGUCGCUCUUCUUUACCCGUCCCCAUCAAAAAUCUCAUUCCAAAUGGCCGAGUUCGAGAUUUCAUCUCCAAACACGAGAAGGGGAUCCAUUCCCCAGGCACUGUGGAGGGAUUGA